AUGGGUUCAAAUUUCGGCACAAAAAUCACAGACUUUUAUUGGGCUGCUGAAAAAUUGGAGAAUGAUGCGGAAUUUGUGAGUUUUUUUUUGAUCGCUAAGUUUUUCUGGAUGUUUUUUUUCAGAUGGCUUUUGUUGGAGCUUCUCUUUUGGCACAAUUUGAUAUAAAUUUGAUAUUUUCAAAUGUUACCAAAGAUUGUAUUCAGCGACAAUUUGCAAAUUCAUGUGAUAUUUUUAAGGAGGUUAGUUUUCUGUUUGGUCUGAUUUCACAAAUGAAUUUUUCAUUUUUUUUUCAGAGCUUCUGCCAUGUUCCUGAAUCCCAAUUCAGUGCCGAUCUAAUUGGAUUCAGAAUUGCCUACGAUCUAUAUAAAAUCAAAAGUUCAAAAAUAUAUUCCGAAAAACAAUCAAUAAGUGGUAUAUCCCAAGAAAAAUUAUUUUUCUAUGCAUUCGCAAUUGGAUGGUGUGAGGUAUGUAUCUUUUUCCUCACAUAAUAAUUCAAAAAUCAAAAAAAAAUUCCAGCAAAAUCCUGCUCCUCAAAACAUUCGUGUGAAUGCAGUUAUUUCACAAAUUCCAGAAUUUCGAAAGAUUUUCGAAUGCCGUGAUGAUUCUCCAAUGGUCACUACAAAUCGAGAACAAUGUGUGGUUUUUGGGAGAGAUGCAUCGACUCUGAAAAAAACUUUUUUCUGA